AUGGCGCUGCGGCUGGCGGCGCUAGCUGUGCUGACGGCGGCGGCCCGGGCUGCGGCUGACUGUGGCAGACCUCCGGAGUUGGAAAAUGGCUCUCCAGUUCAUGAAUUUACCUCUGAGAUCUCAUUUAAAGAGGGGGCAGAGGUAAUUUAUGGGUGUGAUUUGGGUUAUGUAUUCAAGGAAGACUCGUUAAAUAGUUCAAGAUCUGUAACUUGCGGGGAAGAUUCAACGUGGACAACGUUGCAGCUCAAAUGUGAAUUGAGGAACUGUGGAAAUCCAGGAGAGAUUAUGAAUGGAUAUUCGCAGGCACCGAAAACUACUUUUGGAAGUAAAGUUACUUUUCACUGUGAGACAGGAUACCAGGUGGUGGGUCGGAGUUACCAGUUGUGCACUGCUGAUGGUUGGGACGGCCAGAUCCCGACGUGUAAAGCUGUCACUUGCGAUGAACUUCCACCGAUUAUGAAUGGCGUUGCUCCUUCUCCACCCAAUAGGGAGAACUGGAAAUAUGGGAUGGUGGCAAGGUACUCCUGUGAUGAGAACUAUUCACUGAUCGGUGCAGUCGAACUUGUUUGUACAGAGACCGGGGAGUGGAAUAAUGAGCUGCCAACAUGUAGAGCUGUGUCAUGCGCUGCUCCCCCACCGAUUAGUAACGGGAACACUUCCUCACCAGCCGACGGAGAGCUCUGGGAAUACGGGAUGGUGGCGGAGUACUCCUGCAGUGCCGGCUAUUCAUUAAUCGGAGCGGGCAGACUGGUUUGUACAGAGACCGGGGAAUGGGACAACACACCACCAACGUGCACAGCUGUUCUGUGCCACCCUCCUGACGUGCCGUUGAAUGGGCGGAUGGAGGGGGAUUCUGGCCCGGUGUUCACGGUGGGAGACACCAUCAUCUACAGCUGCGACCAAGGCUUUGACAUGGUCGGCCAGAACGAAAUAGAAUGUGGAGAAAACAACACCUUUGUGCCUGGACCUCCCGCCUGUAAACCUGUGUCGUGCGCUGCUCCCCCACCGAUUAGUAACGGGAACACUUCCUCACCAGCCGACGGAGAGCUCUGGGAAUACGGGAUGGUGGCGGAGUACUCCUGCAGUGCCGGCUAUUCAUUAAUCGGAGCGGGCAGACUGGUUUGUACAGAGACCGGGGAAUGGGACAACACACCACCAACGUGCACAGUUGUCCAGUGUCAGCAGCCAGUCCUGCCGGUGUUCAGCCAGAUGGAGGCAGGAAUCGCCCUCACCUACACGUAUGGGGAAACCAUCAGUUAUCGCUGUGUCCGAGGCUCUCAGAUGGUUGGCAGAAGUACAAUUGAAUGUAGAGAGAACAAUACCUUUGUGCCUGGACCCCCCAUCUGCAAACCGGUUAACUGUGGCAGCCCAGGAAUGAUAGUGAAUGGAUAUUCUCAGGCACCAGACACUACUUUUGGAAAUCGAGCUAAUUUCCAAUGUAGAACAGGGUUCCUGAUGGUGGGAAGGAACUACCGAUUGUGCAAAGCUGGAGGCUGGGAUGGUAAACCCCCAGUGUGUGAAGAAAUAAAGUCCUCGUUGCCAGUGAGGAAGCCUGACUCUGGAGAGUCUAUCAAGGGAUCUCUCCAGUCUAACGUAAUACGGUGUGACCCUCCACAACCAGUGGCCAAUGGCACUGUGAGGCCGCGAGGAGAGGGGACGUGCGGACAACAGGCCGAUUAUUCCUGUGAUCGGAGCUACACCUUGACUGGAGAAGCAACCAUUAACUGCACCGACACUGGGCACUGGAGCCACCCCGCCCCCAACUGUACAGCUGCACCUUGUGGUGAACCACCAAGACUAGAGAACGGGAUCCACACUGGGAACGACUACAGCUUUGACAAAUGGCUCUAUUACCGCUGCAAUAAAGGCUACGAGCUGUUUGGCAGUUCACGGAUACUCUGCAUGAACGAGGGAUGGACCGAGCUCAACUGUUGGUGUCAAAUAACACGGUGUGGCCGUCCACAACCAGUGGCCAAUGGCGAUGUGUGGCCGCGAGGAGAGGGGACGUACGGACAACAGGCCGAUUAUUCCUGUGAUCAGGGCUACACCUUGACUGGAGAAAGAACCGUUACCUGCACCGACACUGGGCACUGGAGCCACCCCGCCCCCAACUGCACAGCUGUAGAUUGUGGUGAACCACCAAGACUAGAGAACGGGAUCCACACUGGGAACGACUACAGCUUUGACAAAUGGCUCUAUUACCGCUGCAAUAAAGGCUACGAGCUGUUUGGCAGUUCACGGAUACUCUGCACGAACGAGGGAUGGACCAAGCUCAACACUCGGUGUCAAAUAACACGGUGUGGCUAUCCACAACCAGUGGCCAAUGGCGCUGUGUGGCUGCGAGGAGAGGGGACGUACGGACAACAGGCCGAUUAUUCCUGUGAUCGGGGCUACACCUUGACUGGAGAAAGAACCAUUAACUGCACCGACACUGGGCACUGGAGCCACCCCGCCCCCAACUGUACAGCUGUAGAUUGUGGUGAACCACCAAGACUGGAGAACGGGAUCCACACUGGGAACGACUACAGCUUUCGCAAAUGGGUCUAUUACCGCUGCAAUAAAGGCUACGAGCUGUUUGGCCGUUCACGGAUACUCUGCAUGAACGAGGGAUGGACCAAGCUCAACACUUGGUGUCAAAUAAUACAGUGUGACCCUCCACAACCAGUGGCAAAUGGUGCUGUGUGGCCGCGAGGAGAGGGGACGUACGGACAACAGGCCGAUUAUUCCUGUGAUCGGGGCUACACCUUGACUGGAGAAAGAACCAUUACCUGCACCGACACUGGGCACUGGAGCCACCCCGCCCCCAACUGUACAGCUGCAGAUUGUGGUGAACCACCAAGACUAGAGAACGGGACCCACACUGGGAACGACUACAGCUUUCGCCUUUGGGUCUAUUACCGCUGCAAUAAAGGCUACGAGCUGUUUGGCAGUUCACGGAUACUCUGCUCGUACGAGGGAUGGACCGAGCUCAACACUCGGUGUCAAAUAAUACGGUGUGGCUAUCCACAACCAGUGGCCAAUGGUGCUGUGUGGCCGGGAGGAGAGGGGACGUACGGACAACAGGCCGAUUAUUCCUGUGAUCGGGGCUACACCUUGACUGGAGAAAGAACCAUUAACUGCACCGACACUGGGCACUGGAGCCACCCCGCCCCCAACUGUACAGUAAUACGGUGUGGCCGUCCACAACCAGUGGCCAAUGGUGCUGUGUGGCCGAGAGGAGAGGGGACGUACGGACAACAGGCCGAUUAUUCCUGUGAUCGGGGCUACACCUUGACUGGAGAAAGAAUCAUUACCUGCACCGACACUGGGCACUGGAGCCACCCCGCCCCCAACUGUACAGAAAUAAAGUCCUCGUUGCCAGUGAGGAAGCCUGACUCUGGAGAGUCUAUCAAGGGAUCUCUCCAGUCUAACGUAACACGGUGUGACCCUCCACAACCAGUGGCCAAUGGCGAUGUGCGGCCGCGAGGAGUGGGGAGGUGCGGACAACAGGCCGAUUAUUCCUGUGAUCGGGGCUACACCUUGACUGGAGAAAGAACCAUUAACUGCACCGACACUGGGCACUGGAGCCACCCCGCCCCCAACUGUACAGUAACACGGUGUGGCUAUCCACAACCAGUGGCCAAUGGUGCUGUGUGGCCGCGAGGAGAGGGGACGUACGGACAACAGGCCGAUUAUUCCUGUGAUCGGGGCUACACCUUGACUGGAGAAAGAACCAUUAACUGCACCGACACUGGGCACUGGAGCCACCCCGCCCCCAACUGUACAGUAAUACGGUGUGACCCUCCACAACCAGUGGCCAAUGGCACUGUGAGGCCGCGAGGAGAGGGGACGUACGGACAACAGGCCGAUUAUUCCUGUGAUCGGGGCUACACCUUGACUGGAGAAGCAACCAUUAACUGCACCGACACUGGGCACUGGAGCCACCCCGCCCCCAACUGUACAGCUGUAGAUUGUGGUGAACCACCAAGACUAGAGAACGGGAUCCACACUGGGAACGACUACAGCUUUCGCCAAUGGGUCCAUUACCACUGCAAUAACGGCUACGAGCUGUUUGGCAGUUCACGGAUACUCUGCACGAACGAGGGAUGGACCAAGCUCAACACUACGUGUCAAAUAACACGGUGUGGCUAUCCACAACCAGUGGCCAAUGGCGAUGUGUGGCCGCGAGGAGAGGGGACGUACGGCCAACAGGCCGAAUAUUCCUGUGAUCGGGGCUACACCUUGACUGGAGAAAGAACCAUUAACUGCACCGACACUGGGCACUGGAGCCACCCCGCCCCCAACUGUACAGUAAUACGGUGUGACCCUCCACAACCAGUGGCCAAUGGCACUGUGAGGCCGCGAGGAGAGGGGACGUACGGACAACAGGCCGAUUAUUCCUGUGAUCGGGGCUACACCUUGACUGGAGAAGCAACCAUUAACUGCACCGACACUGGGCACUGGAGCCACCCCGCCCCCAACUGUACAGUAAUACGGUGUGACCCUCCACAACCAGUGGCCAAUGGCACUGUGAGGCCGCGAGGAGUGGGGACGUACGGACAACAGGCCGAUUAUUCCUGUGAUCGGGGCUACACCUUGACUGGAGAAGCAACCAUUUACUGCACCGACACUGGGCACUGGAGCCACCCCGCCCCCAACUGUACAGUAACACGGUGUGGCUAUCCACAACCAGUGGCCAAUGGCGAUGUGUGGCCGCGAGGAGAGGGGACGUACGGACAACAGGUCGAUUAUUCCUGUGAUCGGGGCUACACCUUGACUGGAGAAAGAACCAUUAACUGCACCGACACUGGGCACUGGAGCCACCCCGCCCCCAACUGUACAGUAAUACGGUGUGACCCUCCACAACCAGUGGCCAAUGGCACUGUGAGGCCGCGAGGAGAGGGGACGUACGGACAACAGGCCGAUUAUUCCUGUGAUCGGGGCUACACCUUGACUGGAGAAGCAACCAUUACCUGCACCGACACUGGGCACUGGAGCCACCCCGCCCCCAACUGUACAGUAACACGGUGUGGCUAUCCACAACCAGUGGCCAAUGGCGAUGUGUGGCCGCGAGGAGAGGGGACGUACGGCCAACAGGCCGAUUAUUCCUGUGAUCGGGGCUACACCUUGACUGGAGAAAGAACCAUUACCUGCACCGACACUGGGCACUGGAGCCACCCCGCCCCCAACUGUACAGAGAGCAUCGUUGGGCGAAGUGGCCACCAGACCAAAACCACAACUGGACAUAAAGCAGCGAUCAUUGGUGGUGUCGUCAUCGGUGUUGUUGCCGCCGUUGCCACAGGCCUCGUUGCCCUCGGUGCCUUCAUCUACAAUCGGAAAACAGGCUGGACCAGCCGCACAUCUGGACUAAUGAGUCUGUAG